UUUAUAAACGGCAACACCAUGAAAUGCAUCUCACAGUAGCUCGCUUUGUGUGAAAAGAAAAAAAUACACAUAAUUAAGUAGCUAAUCACACCAUGUGUAAGCAAUCGGAGAACGGGAUUCCGGUGAUCGAUUUCUCCAAGGAGGAGGCGUUGAAGCCGGGGUCGAGUUCUUGGCUAGGGAUACGUGAAGAUGUUAUCCGUGCACUCGAAGGAACGGGCUGCUUCAUUGCAUUAGUUGGCAACAAGGUCCGCCAAGAGCUUCGCAGCACCAUGUUGGAGGCUUUCAAAGAGUUGAUGGAUUUCCCCCGUGAAGCCAAGAUGAAGGUCAAGAGCAAGAACAAGAAGACCUUGGGUGCAUAUCACAACACCACUCAGAUCCACGAAAGCCUGGCAAUGGACGACGCCGCAGAUGCUGCUGAGUGCCAGAAGUUCAGCAAUCUCUUCUGGCCCAACGGAAAUGAAAAUUUCACUCGAAGUUCGAACGAGUAUGCAACGCAAAUGAUGAACUUAGACUGGAUAGUGACGAGGAUGAUAUUCGAAAGCUAUGGUGUUGACAACUACCAUGAUACACAUAUUAACACCAACACUCACCACAUGUCGUUCCUCAAGUACGAGCGAUCGGAGGAAAUUGAAACCGACGUGGGUGUUUUUAUUCACACCGACAAGAACUUCACCACGGUGCUGCAUCAGGUGAACGACAGCCAUGGCUUGGAGGUGCAGAACAAGAACGGGGACUGGGUGCUCUGUCAACCACCGCCAUCGUCCUUCACUUUCAUCGCAGGCGAUAUUUUGCAGGUUUGGAGCAAUGAUAAAAUACAAGCUUGCAAACACAGAGUGACAAUAAGCAAAGACACGCAAAGGUUCGUUUUGGCUCUGUUUCUGUUCAAGAGUGGCAAGUUCCAGACGCCGCAAGAGUUGAUUGACGAGGAGCAUCCCGUCCGCUACAAACCGAUUGAUCAAUCUGAAUAUUUUGCCGCCGUUAUGAACAACGCAAUAAAUGGAGGAAUUAGUUACACUGUCAAAGACCACUGUGGCAUUACAGUUUGAUCAUCACUAAUGCAUCCAAUCAGCACCGUCGAUCUCUGUGUGAGUUAAUCAAGUGAAACCAACCACGUAAUUUUAUGCAUCCAUAAAUCCUCUGUGAUACAAUAAAUCAAGGAUAUAUGGGGCUUCGGUUUCUGGCUAGAAGAUAUAGGGCAGUUUAGUAUUCCUUUGAUU